CUGGCUUUUUUCUGGGGUCGUGUGCGUGGUAAAUGGUUAGUGUGAGGCUGUGGCUGGCUGCAGCAGGGUCGGGGGUAAGCCUCUUGCGUGCUCCGUCCUCAUCUUCUCCAGUUUGUGAACAAGUGACGAACGUAAACGUUUAACUGUGAAAAUUACUCCCUAAGCAUACAGGGGUCUCCUCCCUCGGGCAGCGUAGUGGGCGUUUAUGUUCCACAUAAACACUAUUAUAUUCGAGCACAAAUGUUUUAUUGUCAAGUGAGAAUCAAGACAGGUUUUUCAAUUGUUGAAGAAAGUAUAACAGGUCAUUUAUCAAGGAGAAUGGCGUGUGGUUAGAAAACAUGCCGGAAUUCGUUAAAGAGAUGCCGGCGUGAUAAACAAUCUUGAAUGAGAAGAAUGGCAGGCAUGAUUUUAGGUGUCUUGACGCUUGGCUCUGUCCUUGGUUUAGUCAGGGCGAACACAGUCCUUUCUGAAAAUGGCUAUGAGGGCGUCGUCGUGGCCAUCGGGGAAGAGGUGCCCGAGGAUCCGAACAUCAUUACAAAUCUAAAGAAGAUGUUCACGGACGGGUCGCUGGUGCUGUACGAGGCUACGCGUCGGCGAGCCUACUUCCGCGAGGUCACCAUCGUCGUCCCGUCAACUUGGAACUCCAGCGAGCACUAUAUGAAGACCCAAGGGUCCGGGUAUGUGAGCGGGGCGGACGUGCGGGUGGACCUGCCUCACCCGAUCCACGCCGACGACCCCUACACCCUGCAGCUGGGGGGCUGCGGCGAGCCCGGCGCCUACGUCCACUUGUCCCCGACCUACGCCGCCUCCAUGUACUCCGCCCUACAGCACACCUACGGCCCCCCAGGGAAGGUGCUGGUGCACGAGUGGGCUCAUCUCCGCUGGGGGGUGUUUGACGAGUAUGGUGAACACGGCACCAUCACUCCCGCCUUCUACAUCGGCGAGGACAUGCAGGUACAUGCGACGGGUUGUACAGACAGCAUCAAGGGCUGGCUGAGGAAGACAGACGGGUCAGAGUGCCACGCAGACAUCUCUGGCAUGCCAAACUCGGAGUGUCACUUCUUUCCCGCAGACCACCUCAACAACGCCACCGCUUCCCUUAUGUAUCUCUACUUCCUCGACUCUGUGAAGAUGUUUUGUGAUAACGACCCGAUGUCCCACAACCCGUACGCCCCUAACGCUCAGAAUCUUCAGUGUGACGGUCGCUCGGUGUGGGAGAUCAUCACCCUGCACAAGGACUUCAGAGACGGCGCGAACCCGUCUAGACAGAAACGGGACGCUGACGAGGACUUAAUGCCCAAGUUCCAGGUGAUACAAGAGGAAGCCAAGGAAAAGCCUCGUUUUGUGCUGCUUCUGGACCUAUCGGGCUCCAUGGACCAGUUCAUGAACCAGCUCUAUCAGGCCGUCGUCAGGUUCGUGCGCGACCUGGUCCCCACCGGGAGUCUGCUGGCGGUGGUGUCGUUCGCCAACACCUCCCGGCUGGACCUCAACUUCACGGUGGUGCCUGAGAACCGGGACUACAUCGUCAGUAAGCUCCCCAACACUUACACCGACGGCGGUUACACAGCCAUUGGUGGUGCCCUCGAGUUUAUUCUGCAGCUGGUGGAGGACACGAGGACGAACAGCAAAGGUCUGAUGGUAGUGCUGAUCACGGACGGGGACGAGACCAUGCACCCCAAGGUCGAGACCAAGCUCCCGGCCAUCAAGAAGAAGGGCAUUAUCAUCAACACCGUCUCCUUCGGGCCCAACGCCACAGACUCUCUCGAACUUUGGGCGAAGGAGACGGGCGGUCGAUCCUACUACCACAGUACGGGCUCCACUGGCUCCCUCUCCAGCCUCGACGCUCUCCUCUUCGACUCCAUCACCAAGGACCUCGACCAGCGAGGUGACCAGCUCCUACAGCCGGGGCGCUGGAAGUACAUCAUCAGCAACACCCCACGGAACCAUUGGCCCCACCGGGACGAGGUCGUCGUCGCUGUCACCUCCCACCCCAACAGGAAGACCCGCCAAGACCCUGUCAGGGUGAAGGCUUGGAUGUCAGCUAACAACAUUACGUAUCCGGAGCCAGCGCUGGUCUACGCCUACGUCAGCCAGGGCUACAGCAUGGUGCUCGAUGCCAACGUUACUGCAGUUAUCGUACCGCCAACCGAAGAAGAGUCCAUCUCCUUCCCGCUCUUGGACAAUGGUGUAGGUGCGGACGUGCGUGCUGGCGACGGUAUCUACUCCGCCUACUUUACACAGUACUCCGGCAACGGCCGCUACAGCCUUUCAGCGAUCGUUUCUACCAGCGACCUCACUGCCAGGCUCCAAGGUACUCCGUCAGGGUCGGCGGAGGCGCCCCAGCGCCCCGGCACCUCGGCCCUCCGCCGGUUGACGCUGCCGCAGACGGUCAUGCUGCCGGAGCCCGAGUCCAACUUCCCGCCGGGCCAGCUGGUGCCCCUGGAGGACCCAGCCUUGCCCUCGAGGAACGCCAGUCGACGCCUGCCGCUGGAGCCCUUCACCAGGUUCACCUCUGGGGGCAUCUUCAAGGUGCACAACUACCAGCCGGGCGACCAGCAGCCCCCGGGUCGAGUGACGGACCUCACAGUCUCCUAUGUCUACCUCUACGACGCCCUCGUCUCCCUCACCUGGACCAGCCCUGGUGAUGACCUCUACUCCGGUACAGCCUCCUCCUUGGAACUCCGCUACCAUGAGACAAUGAGGUUUCAUAACAACUUCCACCUGGGUCAUCCGGUCAACUCCAGCCACUUGACCUCUGGUGACCUGACCCCGAGGCCGGCCGGUGAGCAGCACAACAUCACUCUCAAGAUCCUCGGACGGACAGUGGACAACCUGGAGGGAAAAGCCGUUUUCUUUGUCUUGAGAGCACGGGAUGAGAAGGGUAACUCCGGUAAUAUGUCCAACAUUGCCACGGCUUACUUUCCCCUCAAGAAGUACACCAGGAACAUCCAGGAGGAGCAGAAGAUGGAGGCUCUGAGCGGCCUGGUGGUGCUGGUGGUACUGGCGGUUAUCAUCCUGGUCAUCGUCGCCUUCAUCGCCUCCGUCAAGUUGCUCCAUAACAGGAACCGUGAGAAGCGCAGAGAGCAGCAGCUAGUGGAGGGCGGUCACGCCCACAGGUUCUUUAGCUAGGAGGGUCACGCCCACAGGUCCUGUGACCAGGGUGCGCCUACCACCUCUAUGGUUAGAACAUAAAGCUCACACACCAUCCGGACAACCAAGAAAACGUAACCUUAGCAACAUAGAAAAAAUAACGCUCAGCUGACGACAACAAAACAUCCAGCCCCCCCCGCCAAGUGCAUCAUAUCUAACUCUAAAAUGCCUUUAUGCCUUACCAAAUCAUCAACACAUACACCUCUAUGUGUCAUAGCCUUCCCGGCUUGGUGCCUUCUUUUGAUGAUGACUUACUCCAUGUUGUUGUUGUUGUUUUAGAUUCAGCUACUCGGAACAAAAGUUCCAAGUAGCACGGGAUAUGGUGAGCCCGUAGUGGACUUACCUGGCACAGGAGCGGGGCUGUAACUGACUUACUCCAUGUGUCUCCCAACAUUAAUACUGUUGCAGACAUCAGGAGGACGACUGUUUCAACCUUGACGACAGGCGGACGUCUGGAGCCCUGCUUUACCUAGGGACGCCGGAACAUGUGACGUGAUUUUACCCAUUACUGUAGAUCUCAAUACUGCCGUCAAACAUUCCUAUUCAACGGCCCAGAUUGUCACGAUGACUGGUGCAUUUAUCACCUGAGGUCACAGAGAAGUUGACAGAUUUUCAGUUUUCUGGCUUGUUCUUCGGGGCGGAGAGACUCGGGCACUGGCUUGGCCGAAAAAUACCAGGAAUUAGCGGAAGUUGUUGGAUUCCUGGUGUGCCCUUGGGGCGUGGUGGGCGGCUGGCCCACCACGCCCCGGUUUUCUAGUUCUACCGAAGAGAACAGGAUAACGUUUGCGCAAUUGAGUAUGAGUUUAGGAGGAACCAUCGCCCUACUGCCUCGACUUUGACUACCCAAUGUCUUGUGUGAGGGGUGGGGGCCGGUGCCUGCCUCCUUCAUGGAAACUCCUCGGGAUCCCUAAAUAUCUGCCUACCAUUGUGUUUAUCAGCCGCAAGGCGACGUUACUACAGCUGCAAGACGUUGGGUUUUACCCUCCAAGGGAGCGCGGGGGCACAUCCGGCACCACUCCCGCCCUGCCCCUUAAACAACAACUAGUCAUCGGGAGGAGAAAACCAGGCAAGUUGUACCUGCUAUAAAGAAGUAGAGCUUAUGGCCUGUACGAGGUAUAGAGUCCUGGUUGUAAACCGAUUGGCGGGUCGUGUUCCAGGGGAAAACUAGGAUGCUAAUGCUUGCCAUGAGCUAUAAGAAAGCUCUCAGCCUGCUAACAGGAGUCAGAAACUAUAUUUUGCCUACCUGUGUGUGAAAGUUGUAGGGUAAGGCUUACCAUGGACUAUCUAAGCCUGCUCACAGGAGUCAUAAGUUGUCUACUCCUGUUCCCACCUGUGAACAAAAUACAGAUAUGGAGGGUGAACAGAGAAAUAGCUUAAGAGCCACGAACAAGCUUACAAGCUUAUGUGCUUCAGUGCAGCACAGACCAAAACCAGCCAUUUACUGAUAAAGCUUAACUAGCAAGGUCCAGGUAACAAUGCAAUGCUUGUCUCCACAUUAAAAUAAUCUCGUUUGCAUAGUUUCUUGUAUUGAAUGUAGUAGAGUCACUCUACUUCUGGAGGCUUCCGUAGACCUUCAUGGACGUGAGAGUCAUGUAUACAUGUAUGUAUGUAUAUUUAUCCUUGAAGAUGCAUUUGAGCAUGUUUUAGAAGAUGGUGUUUCUGGGGUAUUGUGUCGUGUUGUGUGUGUGUGUUUGUUUGUGUAGUGAUUUAGUCAUGUAUUUGCUCUUAGUAAUUUACUUUUGUGCUGCUUUUGGGUUUCUGUAUAUGUUGUUACGUGUAGAUUGUGUAUUUGUGUAUAUUUUUUUGCGGUUUGUAUUGUUUGCGAGCGAUGUGUUGUAUUUUCGGGGUUAUGCGACUGUAUGAAUCUUGUUUGUGUUUGUGAUUGUUUGUAUAGUGUUGCUGUUAGUUUACUGUGUUUUUUGUGUCUGGUUUGUACAGCUUAUUGAUGUGUUUGUAUAGUUUGUGUUGUGUUAGUCUAGUGUUGUGACUGUCUUGAGUUGUUGAGGUGUCUGAGUGUUCCUCUGGGGGAGAUACAGGUGUGUGUGUAUGACCAUGUAUGAUGAGCGAUGCAAGUGUAUGUAUGUUUUUUGAACAUGUAUAUGAAGAAUACAGGUAUGUGUAUGAUUCUGAACAUGUAUAUGUACAAUGCAUGUGUGUGUGUGUAUGAUCCUGAACAUACUAUGUAAUGCUAAACAAGCAGCAUGAGGUUGUAUAACUUAUACAUAUAACGACAGUCAGUAUACGAGAAUACAGUGCGAAUAUAUAUAUAUAUUAAAAAGUACCUUUUGUUGACAGGGUGCUAUUGUAUGUACUGAUUGUACCCUGAUUGUACAGGGUACGAUCUGUGCUAUUGUAUGUUAAAUACAAUAGCACAGAUUUCAACAUAACAUCAAAUACAUGAGGGUGUUGUGACUACAGUGGUUGUAAGUACAGUAAGUUCAGAUACAGGAACUUCAGGUCACUUGUAUGUAAACAUUAGAAAAGUCAUUGAUACAUAAGAUAUCAAUUUGGAACACUUAACUUCAGUUCACAGUGAUAACCAUUUUAAAUUAUUUCUCUAUAAAUAUAUACACUUUUUGCUACGUAAAGUAUUUAUUAAUAAUUGUAAUAUAUAUAUUCUGCAGUUGAAUCUUUGUCAUUAUAAAAUAUAUAAUAUUGGUAACCUACCAUUAUAAGUUGUAUCAUAAUCUUGACUGUAAUGACUUUUUUGAAGUACAGUAUAUAAUUAUUAAAUGUAAUUAUUUUGUUUUAUACAUGUUUUUCUACAGUACUGUAUAUUAUAGUGAUUAUUAUAAAAUAUUUAUUUUUAAAUUGUUAAUCACCAUUAUUUGUAUA